AGGAUGACAGCGGUUUCACACGCAGAUCCAGCUUAAGGUUGUCUCUAAGAAGUCAAAAAAUAGAAGAUCGUAUGGAAAAAUACACUUCAGCUAUACAGAGAUCAGCGAGUGUCAGGAUACCACCCUCUCACAGUCGAGCAGCUAUUGGCACAUUGGAUGGAGUUGCUUCUAAGAGAAAUAUCUUUGAAAAGGAUGAAGAAAACUCUGAUAAAUCAAACAUAUCCCGAAAGGAUUUAGCGCUUUCUGGAUCUGUUACAUCACGCAUCAAUCAAUGGAGUAACAAAGUGCCACAAAGCUCAAGCACUAGUACAAGCACAAAGGGUUUUAAAACAGGGGAUGUGGCCACAAAAAGAAUGUUGUGGCAGCAGAGAUCCCAGUCUUCAAGUGACACAAAGCUCUGAAAUCGGCCAAAAAUAUCUGCCCAUAACAUGCAAGGAAUUAUGCCAAAAUGAUCAAAUAUUAUUCUAGAAG